AUGCGUAACGGAUGGGUCUCGGAUGCCCCAUUUACGCUCAGCGGAACAGACAUAUCCGAGUGCACCAGCUACGUUUCUUUGGGUCGGGAAAUAAACAUGAAGGACAACCUGACUCCCGAGCUGGGCAAGAGGAAACGAGCGGCUUGGAGAGCGUAUAAGAGCAUCGAGGAUGUAGUGAAGAAGACCAGGAACACCCGGCUCCGUGCUCACCUCUUCAACACCUCAGUACUUCGUGCUUUGACUUAUGCUUCAGAAACCUGGGCACUUCGCAAGCAGGAAGAAAAUGCGGUGAGCGUCAUUGAACGCUCAAUCCAAAGAGUGAUUGGGACAAAUGGAAGGUUUACUGGCGCCCGCUCGACCAGAUCGAACAACAACGAGAUCAAGGUGAUCAAUUGUAUGCCCUCUAUGGCUGCUGCUGCUUUCCCUUCGAAGCGAUCUCUAUGUAACAGCAUUUUUUAG